AUGGAUACAUCAACUUUGGCCGUCAUCACUACGGCCACUGUCUCGAGCUCCAGCUCACUUACAGAAGCUUCAUUGGCCAACCAAACGGGGGCACGUCGAAUUGCCCAACGUGGGAGCGCCAAUUCUAUUAGUGGCACGACAAUAGAAAAUUUAGCUACCGCUCGUUCCACUUUGGCAGCAACCUCCGUGCCCGCGGCUACGGCUGUUCAGGUGAUAGUACUAGGCGCCGGCAUUGCCGGCUUGAUGGCUGCUAGACACCUCACAUACUUCGGCGCUAAAGUCACAGUCCUUGAAUCCAGAGUUAGUAUUUGCCUUUCUCCUUGA